CUCCGCCCCGCGCCGCCCGCCAGCGGGGUCAGGGGUGGGUCCCUUGAGCCCGCCCUCUCCGCUGUCCGAUUGGCCGAGCCGCCUGUCAGUCACAGCGCGCGCCCUUCGCCCCUGUCCCGGCCCGGUUCGGCCCGUUCCAGGCGGGCGGCGCGACCGGGGCAGCCAUGGAGGACGAGGCGGUCAGCGGGGCGCAGCUCAUCGCCCAGGCCCUCAGGGCCCAAAAUAUUGAAUACAUGUUUGGCAUUGUUGGUAUUCCAGUCACUGAAAUUGCAAUUGCAGCCCAGGCAGCUGGAAUAAAAUAUGUUGGAAUGAGAAAUGAGCAAGCUGCCUGUUAUGCUGCAUCUGCAGUUGGAUAUUUGACUGGCAGACCAGGAGUAUGUCUUGUAGUGUCUGGUCCAGGCUUCUUACACACCCUUGGUGGGAUGGCAAAUGCAACCAUUAACUGCUGGCCUUUGAUUGUUAUUGGCGGUUCUUCUGACAGAAAUCAGGAAACCAUGGGAGCUUUCCAAGAAUUCCCACAGGUUGAAGCUGGCAGGCUGUACAACAAGCUGUCUGUCCGCCCAAGCAGCCUGGAAGUUAUUCCUGCUGUUAUUGAAAAGGCUGUAAGAACCAGUAUGUAUGGUCGUCCAGGUUCCUGCUAUAUUGACAUACCCGGGGAUUUUGUGAAUCUUCAGGUGAAUAAGAGCUCUGUCAAGUACACAGAAUGCUGCCUGCCACCUCCCAUCAGCAUGGCUGAACACUCUGCUGUAUCCAAAGCAGCCUCUGUCAUUGCUCUUUCCCAGCAGCCUCUGCUCAUCAUUGGCAAAGGUGCUGCUUAUUCACAUGCUGAAAACAACGUCAGAAAGCUGGUGGACCUUUGUGGACUGCCUUUUUUGCCUACACCAAUGGCAAAAGGAGUAGUUCCUGAUAACCAUCCAAAUUGUGUAGCUGCAGCAAGAUCAAUGGCAUUACAGCAUGCUGAUGUAAUCAUCUUGCUUGGUGCAAGGUUGAAUUGGAUUUUGCAUUUUGGUCUUCCACCAAGGUAUCGACAGGAUGUAAAGGUUAUUCAGAUUGAUAUUUGUGCAGAAGAGCUGGGGAAUAAUGUAAGGCCAGCUGCAACUUUAUUAGGUGACAUAAACGCCGUGACUGAGCAGCUCUUAGAAGAAUUCAACAGAAGAUCAUGGAAAUAUCCUUCUAAUUCAGAGUGGUGGCAGAAGCUAAGAGAGAAAAUAAAGAACAACGAGGAAAGAUCGAAGGGAUUAGCACUGCAGAAAUCUCUGCCUAUGAAUUAUUAUACAGUCUUUCAUCACAUCAGAGAACUGAUACCCAAGGACUGCAUUUUAGUAAGUGAGGGAGCAAACACCAUGGACAUUGGACGGACUAUGCUUCCAAAUUUCUAUCCCCGGCAAAGGCUUGAUGCAGGUACUUUUGGAACCAUGGGAGUGGGGCUGGGUUUUGCCAUAGCAGCUGCCAUGGUAGCCAGGGACCGCACACCUGGAAGGCGAGUUGUCUGCAUAGAAGGGGAUAGUGCUUUUGGAUUUUCUGGAAUGGAAGUGGAGACUAUCUGCAGAUACAACUUGCCAAUCCUGAUAAUUGUAGUAAACAACAAUGGGAUUUACACUGGUUUGGAUGCAAAUUCCUGGGAGCAAAUCUUAAAGUUUGGUGACCUUGCUACAUGUGUACCUCCUGUUUCUCUCCUGCCAAAUGCACACUAUGAGAAAAUUAUGUCUGCCUUUGGAGGUAAAGGAUACUUUGUUAAAACACCAGAAGAAUUGCAGAAUGCUCUGAAAGCAAGUGUGGCUGACAAGCAAACACCUUCUCUUAUAAAUGUAAUGAUUGAUCCACAAUCUGAGAGAAAGAAACAGGAAUUUCCCUGGCUGACUCGUUCCAACCUGUAGUAGAAGAGGAAGAUGAUGGUGGUGCAAGGCAUCAUGUUAAACAAAACUGAGUUGUUUUCUGGAAGUGCAACUGAUACAACUGUAUUUGCAUAAGCAUUGGAACAAAGUGGGAUUUUAGAACUGCUGUUAGAGGAAUCUUUAAAUGCUGAAAUUAGGUAAUUGUAAAAUGAGAAAGACACAUAUGAAAUGUAUAUCAGGCCUUCAAACAGAUUGUACACAAACGCUAAUGAUAAAAUUAUAUACUUUUUCUUUUACUCAGAGUAAUACCCAUUAUCUGUGAAUUAAAAUCUUGAAUGUUCUGGAUGAACAGAAUAAGGUGAGGGUUUUAUGCUCUCUGAAACACAGAAGUGUUUGCCAGUCUGCAAUUAUAGUAGCUUGAUUUUUAACCAACCACACCACCAUUCUGCUUGUUAAAACCUUUGUCCUCUAAGGACCAAACUAAAGCAUCUUAUUGUGAAUAAUUCCUGAUUGACCUCAUUAUGCAUUGAAGCCUGUUGCAUUGGUCGUAGCUUCCUAAUUUUACAGAUUUUUCAUCUUCUUCUGUAUGUAGAAGUAGUGUAUUAAAAAUGCAAACUUGCUCAAGGGCUAAGCUUCUGUCUACUGAAUUUGUUUUUACUAACUGGAACUUAUGGUGUUUGUAGGAAAAGCAAACCCUGGAUUUUUGUUUGAAGCUUAGCUCUUCACAAACACCACCAUGUCUGUAGGCUGAAAACAUGGCGUUAUUUAUUAGUGAGAUUUCCAGUAUUAAUAGAUUGUAAAUCUUUAUAAUCAGAAGCAUUAUAAAUAAAACAUUACCAUCACCAUCACUGAAAUAUCAACAGUGACACCAUCAAAAAGACCACAAAGAAAACCCGAAAAACCCAAAUGAAAACCAAAUUUUUAAAAAUCCCUCACCAGAACAACAACAAUAAAAACUAUUAGACUGGAGCAUAAUGUUAAUUUUGGAUGGCAUCACAAAGCAACCACCAGUGUUUGUGCUGUGGCUGGCUAAUUGUACAACAAAGGUUCUUCCUGUAACUGCAUGGAGGCCUAGAGUCCCACCUGCACUGUGAUGCAGAGGUGACAUUUGAAGCAGAUAUUUGGCCUGCCUUGUAUUCUGUCUACUGUGUUUUCAUUUGUUGCUGCAUCUGACAAUCUGACUUAGAGCUCAGACUUUAGAAAUUAAGUAGCUCUUUGUCUAUGCUUCUGUCAUGGCCUACAACAGUUACUAUGCAGGAUACUCUUAAACAGAUUACUUUAUAUUUGCAUCUGAUCUUAAAUGCGAGGUUCUUUGUUGUUACAUGCACAGAAGGGAAUAUUCUGUCUCUGAUUUGGGUUUUGCUUGCCUUAUUUUCUAUUAUUCCAUUGUCAGUAAGUGUUAGUUAUCUAGUGGAAAGCACUUGAUGACCUAAGGAAAGAAAGCACUGAGCUGGCAGGGGAUUGUGGCCUGCAGUCAGGUUUGUUCCAAAAGGCUUGGCUUAUUGGGUCUGGCACUUUGGUUUGGGUCUGGCCCAAGGCCAUGGGUUACUGUUAGGCAGAGGAAUGUAGGAAUUUCUCUGCACACUGGUACGGGAAGAUAAUAUCUGAAAGAAAUAAUAUCCAAAAUAAUCUGAAGUGCAAAAGGAUAAAAUCCUAGAAUGAAUACAGCUCACAAAAAAAUGUUAGGUUGCUGAGUUGCUGUGUUCUCUGGGAUACUCUGCAAGGAAGGUGGAACAAUGUUGAAUCUUGACAUUAAUUUUGUUUCAUUCUUCUUGUCUCACAAAUUCAUUUUGAUAUGUUUCUCUGAUUAAACACAACCCGUUAUUAUGAUGUAAAAUAUCUGUAAGAGUUAAUGCUGGAACUGACCACAGGGGAGAUAAUUUGCGUUGGAUAACAAAUGUAGAAAAUACUAUUUUAUACUUGAAAAUUAAUAAA